CUCGCUACCCGGAUGUUGGUUUUGUAUAUAACAGUGGGUUUGGGGGAGGCUCUCAUUAACAUCUGGACAAAGUCUGCUCAGCGCAAACUACCGACUGAAACCUGAGGAAACAGGACCGCGUGUCUCGCUCCGCUAAGUUCAACAGUUCACAAAGCUGCAGCAAUGAAAGCAGCCAUCGCCAUCUUGGCCGUCGUCUGCUUCGGAUGGGCAGAAGCAGUACCGCUCAGCCUACACCCGUGUGACGCACCGGACGCACAGUUGUACACGUUGGUCUGCGACUUCAACAACGACGGCCGCACGUUCUUUUCGUGCAAGACCAACCCUCCGACGUCUUUCGAAUGCCCUCCCGGUCUCCGCUUCAGCAACGACUUACAGGUGUGCGACUGGGACUACAACUCCGAAUGCCUCCCACCUAGUGGCGUGCCGACGGCCCCAGCAACAACAUCGCCACCGCGGACAGCGUCUACCACUCGGACGACACGAAAUACGAAAACAACAACAAGAAGGUCGACUGCGGCAGCGAAAACAACCACCACCGCUGCACCGAUUCCAGGUAGCUGUUCUGCUCAGACAUGCCAGCUUCCCGACUGUCGCUGCAUCAGCACCAGUGUCCCGGGCAACCUGCCGGUGGCCGAGGUGCCGCAGAUCGUUCUCCUCACCUUCGACGACAGCAUUAACAACGACAACCUCCGCUUCUACAACCAACUCUUCCCGGCCAACAACAACCUUACCCUGAAGAAUCCCAACAACUGUCCCAUCAAAGCCACAUUCUUCGUCUCCGGCGACAACAACAACGACGAGGCUGUGAAGACUAUCGCUGAGCGUGGACACGAGCUCGCCUCGCACUCACGUGACCACAGUGACCCAUCGGGGUGGAACAGUCAGGCGUGGUACAACCAGAUACAGGGCAUGAGGGAGGACCUAGCUCGCAUCGCCGGAAUCAGCGUUGGGGAGGUCAAAGGUAUGCGAGCUCCUUUCCUGCAGCUGGGCCGUGAGGUGCAGUACUCCAUGCUACGCGAUGCCAACUUCCAAUACGACUCCUCCAUGUUUGGCGGCAGCCUCAGCGACGACGGUGCCUACCCGGUCUGGCCCUUCACCCUCAAAUACCCACCCACCCUUGCCGUCUGCGACAGCGACUACUGCCCCAAGAACAGCUACCCACAGCUGUGGGAGGUACCCCUCAUCCGCCAGUACACGGUGCAGGGGCAGCCAUGCUCCAUGACCGACGCAUGCGCACUGGGCUGGAGCGCCUCGGCACAAGACGUCGUCGCCUUCCUGCAGCACAACUUCAACCGCCAUUACCAAACCAACCGUUCGCCCUUCAUGAUCUCGCUGCACGCGACCUGGUUCUACAAUGUCCCCAACAGCCUGCAAGGACUCAAGACUUUCCUGCAGAGUCUGACCCAGAAGGAUGACGUGUACAUCCUCAGCUUGUCCCAGAUGCUGGAGUGGAUGCGCCACCCGGUCGUGACGACCAGCGCCGGGCAGUUCACACCAUGGCAGUGUUAAAGGGACACAACCCCUACAAGUACUGCGUGACGUUUAUGGACUAGGUUACUUCCCUUAUAUUCAUUCGUUCCAGCGUUCUUAUACGACACAAGCAUGACAUUCUUUGUAGCAUGUGAGACAUUUCCUGACAAGCAUAAUACAAAAUUCGUGUAAGAUAUAACGCGAAAGUGUAUGUAUUUCAUAUAUUUCUAUGAUCUCAGUGAUUUUGUUUGUUUGUGAUGCAGCCACUAGACUUGUUUUCACUAAUCUUACAUCCGAAAUAAUUUUGUUAUUCUAUCGCAUAAUAAAUAAUUUAUUCUCAUUUAUUUCAUUUCAAACAUUCUAAACUUAGUUGAAGUCGAUAGCUGUCGCUAUUCUGUGUUUUUACUUCAUGCUGUUCAUCUUCAUUUUCAAUACUGUAUUUCACCGCUCUGUUUACUCAAAAAAGUUGGGGGGAGGGGAAGUGAGCGGGGAAGAGGUUCUGAUGUAGUGCUUGACAUGGCUAUGAUGAUCACAUUACUGUGUCGUACUAAAUUGACUUUGCAAUGUUA